AUGAGUUUGGUUCUCAGAUUCAGGCGUUUCGGACAACGGACAACUCAUCAACGAGAUCUCAUCUCUAACAUUAUCAGAAACUUUCGAGCUCGGUGGGAUUACAAUGAAGAAGAAAAGAAUGAUGGAGUUACCUACCGUCGCUGUACGCCUGUACUGAAAUCCGAAAAUUCUGGUGCUGGGAUUGUGGCUGGAGCUGGUCAAGCUCAAAGUGGUGCGAACGAGGAAGCUAAAGUGUAG